CAGGAUCAUAAGACCUACUGCCGACAAAGCAUUUGACAUUACCUCUACAGGGCUUUGCGUGAUGUCAAGAUUAGAGUUAAUAAGUGCCACACCCGAAAUGCCAAACGGGCACUUCACUCUCGAAACUGGCCAUGGGCUAAUCUCAAUCCGAGACACAAACCUCAAGAACUCAGCCCCGGCACUUCUGCUUAUCCACGGUAACUCUUUUACUUCUCAAAUCUUCAAACACAUCCUCAAUGAUCCUGUCUUCCUCUCCUCAUGGCGAAUCAUUACUUUCGACCUCCCCGGCCACGGUGCCUCGUCUGAUGCCCCAAACCCCAAGAGAACAUACUCGAUGAGAGGCUACGCCGACCUCGCCGUUGAAAUACUUCAACAUCUCUCCAUCAACCAGGUUGUUGUCCUCGGCUGGAGUUUGGGUGGCCACAUCGGCAUCGAGAUGAUCCCGCUGCUUCCAAAAGGCGCUCUUAGAGGCCUCAUGAUUGUUGGUUCACCUCCCGCACUUGGUGUCGAGCAAACCCAUCACGGGUUCAAGAGCCAGGACGCGCAUGUCUCGGCCGCAGCCCAGAAAGACCUCUCAGAGGAGGAAAUCAUUGAAUUUUCUCGCUGUGUCACUGGUCCACCGUUUGAAUCCUGGAUGGAAGAUGCGGUGCGGAGGGCCGACGGGAAAGCUAGAUAUUUGAUGUGGCACGCCUUCAAUCAUGGUGUUGGAGUUGACCAGCGGAAAGUCGUAGAGGAGGAGGACGGCACAGUGGUUGCGGUGGUCAACGGUGCGGAUGAACCGUUUGUCAAUCUAGACUAUCUGGAUGAAAUUAAGUGGAAGAGGCUUUGGAAGGGGAAGUGUUUCCGGAUGGAAGGAUUGCUGCAUUCGCCAUUCUGGGAGAAGCCGGAGGAGUUCAAUGGGUUGCUGGUGGAGUUCAUGAGGGACUGUGAGAAGGGUUGAGGGCUAUCUGGGAAUGGGUUCCUUGCACGUAUGCGGCUUCUCAAGAGGUAGUUAAAUAAGGUCGGGUGUCAUGAAGGGUGCG